AAAGAAGUGAUGUAGCCCUACGGUAUUGUUUGCCCCACUCUGCAUACUUUUUGAAGGGCGCCUCGAAUGGCACUGUUCGGUAGUGACCAAGAAAAAAAUUCCUCGGUGGCCCUGGCGGCAGAGGGAGCUUCCUCCGUCUGACCAAGGACAGCCAACCCCCAAGUCUGAGGGAAGGCACCACGCUCGCCAACUUGCAGACCAGUAUGAGUCCUACCAAAACCGCUCCGAUAUUUAAGAGGGAGGUGGUGGCGUAGGGACCCGCGGUAGAGGUCAUCAUGGCGUCUCGCCUCUUCGGUCAGGGGUUGAGCAGCGGUGACCCUGGAGUUCAUCCCAAAGGUUGGAUGAUGGAGACUCCACUGGGAACUGCUGCUGCAAGGACCGUUGUGUUGGAUCGGAGUCCUUUCGGGAUGGAGCAAACCUUGCAGGGCUCAAAGGGCAAUACAGGACUACCCCCGUCACUUUGGGGCAACGACAGCCCCAAUCACUGAUUGCCGGCAUCUCGGCGAGGGUCCGACCCCAUUUACACCAAGGGUCUCUUUCUCUUUUCGGAACAUGUCUUCUAUUGGCCUGUACUCUGCCGACCGAACUGC